AUGAUUUAUAUUGAUGAUGUCACAUAUAAUGCAAGUGAUCCAUCAAUGUCUAUAGAUAUUCGCGCUAUUGAUUCAGAAGAUGAAAUUUCAACUGAACAACUUGAAAAAAGAUUAGAUUUGCUACAAUUGUUUUUAAGAGAUUAUGUAGUAAACGUGCAAUAUUUAGAAAAACUUCAACAAUCCAAUACAUCUAAUACAGUAACUGAUGAAGAACCCGAUAAUGACAAACAUAUAUAA